UGUGUGUUAAUCUGGUACCAUGUCUUAAAGUAGUUGACUACAUAAUAAACAAACAUCAAAGGAAGUGCAGUGCUGCUGCAGAAAGAAAGAAAGAAAGUUUCCAUUCUAACAAUUCUAAUGAACUCACUUUGGUUAUUUUACACUAUAUUUUAAAGAAAUAUUUAAAUAUGAAUUUAACCAAGAAUUCAACUCUAAACGCCUUUUUUUUUUGGUAAAAGUCAUUUAUGUCAUGUAUUUUUUAUAUGCUUCUGUGUUAACAGUUUUAUUUUAUUAUUUAUUAGUGUUUUUUAAUAUUUUCAGCUCAUCAUUGGACAAAACGUAUUUAAAUAUGCAUUUCACUAAACAUUCAGCUUUAAAUUCUUCUGACAUAUAUUUUUAUAUUAGCGAGAGAGAGAGAGAGAAAGAAAAUGUACAUUUACGCUUUUAUAAUUUUAGACAACAUCGGUAUGAACACGACUUUUAUUUUGGUGUGGUGAUAUGACAUCAUAAGGGUGCAUCGUGCUCCUGUUCUGUUAUUAUUCGGCUUAAGAAAGAGUGUCCAAACACAGAAAAACACGUGAAGCAGCUGAGAUCCAAGUGACGCACUAUUAUCAAGAUGGCGAUUAUUAAAGAGGAGAGUGAAGACAUGAGGAUUGAAGAAAUAUUCAGUGUGAAACAAGAAGAUACUGAGGAACAAACAGACUUGAUGGCAGUGAAAGAGGAGAAUCAAGAACUGAAUGAAAUGGAAGAGAAAGAUCAGUAUGAGAAACAUCACAAUUUCAUAACUGGAGAAAAAUCUAUUUGCUCACAGACUGAAAAUAAAGCAACUAGAAGUAAUUUUAUCUGCCAGCAUUGUGGAAAGAGUUUCUGUCAAAGUGAAAACCUUAAGGUCCACAUGAGGGUUCACACUAAAGAGAGCCCUUACACCUGCCAACAGUGUGGAAAAAGUUUCACUCAAAAAGGAAGCCUUGAAAUCCACAUGAGAAUUCACACUGGAGAGAAGCCUUUCUCCUGCACCCAGUGUGGAAAGAGUUUCAGACAUAAAGGAAAUCUUAAUGACCACAUCAGAAGCCACCCUGGAGAGAGCACUUUCAUUUGCCAACAGUGUGGAAAGAGCUUCUCACGAAAAGAAAGUCUUAGAACUCACAUGAGAAUUCACACUGGAGAGAGACCGUUCAUAUGUGGUCAGUGUGGAAGUAGUUUCAGAUGUAAAAUAACCCUCAAUAAGCACAUAAAGAUUCACACAAGAGAGAACUGCUUUAAAUGUGAUCAGUGUGGAAGGAAUUUCACAGACAGGAAACGGCUUAAGAUGCAUGUAAAAACUCACAUCGGAGAGAAGCCUUUCAUGUGCCAUCACUGUGGAAAGAGUUGCAUAAACAAAUCAAACCUCGACGUUCACUUAAGAGUUCACACUGGUGAGAAACCUUUUACCUGUCCUCAGUGUGGAAAGAGUUUCACUGUUAAAGGAAACCUUCAUACUCACUUGAGGCUUCAUUCUGGAGAGAAGCCUUUCACUUGUAUUCAGUGUGAGAAGAGUUUCACAUAUCAAAGAGAUUUGAAACGUCAUUUGCAAACUCAUUCUGUAAAGAAAUUAUAGUGUUACGAACGAUAAGUGGUUUACAAAAUGGACAAAUUCUCUGGAGGAAGGCACUUUUGUUCAGUGUAAUACAUUUCUUUUGCUAUCACACUUACAGAUUCACCUGAGAAGUUUUUGUGGAAAGAGUUCAUAAAUAGCUCAGCAGUUUAAAAUGACACCAGAAAAUAUGCAGGACAUCAACUGAAUGUAAACAUUGCACUACAUUAUUUGAUUCAUCUUUUGUGCAUGAAUGCACAGGUAAACAUGUUUUCAAUCUGGACCUGAUUAUGGCUACUUUUGGGGCUCCCCUGAUGACAUCUGGAGCUGGUUCCAGCUGUGGGUUGCAAAAAGAGCUAAACACUGUCUCAAACUUUCUCUCUACAUGUCUGCCUGUUUUUUCACACUAUGUUGAAGACUUAAAGGUGCGGUAAGCAAUUUCUGAGAAACACUGUUGAUAUUUAAAAUCGAUGCCCAAACACAUCCUACCCAAAAGCAACACGCCUCUCCCUUAAUUGCUUCCCCAAAAUAACAAACACACUAUGCAAAACAGACAAUUACUAACAAUGGGGACAUCAGACAGCUCACACAAGCAGGAAUGAGCAGUAUGAUACAUGUAUUUCAAAUACAUAUUUCAAAUAUAAAAUAGUAUUUUGUAAUUUGUAUUUGAUAGGGUUGAUGAAAAUGGCUUAAUAUUUUUUAUCAAAAUACUUUAUUGUUUUGGAUUUUUGUAGUUUUAAAAUACUGUAAAAUACUUUGUAAGAAGUCCACAUGAUGAUUGGUGCCUACUCAGUAGUUUGCCAAGACUUGUUGAGAUCAGAACAGAAAAUUAUCCAUAUGGAAGAAGGUGGCCAAGGUACAAAAUACAUUUUUUGCAAAAAUUGCUAUAAGUUUUGGUGUUUAUUUUAGUAGCCCAGGUUACAUAGUUUACCAAUUUACAUAGUGUUCUUGAAAACAAUUAUACCUAGCAGCAGCCUUCUAUAUUUAUGAUUAACAAUCAAAUGAUUCAUUAGUUAGAAGCUAGUUUCUAUGAAUACAGGUGCCAUCGGUUGUCUUCUUAUGAAUGACUUGUCAUUGAGUCAGUGUUGCUGAUGCAAAGUAGGCCCUUUGUUACCAAACACCAAGUAACUAAAUUAGGAUACAAUUGAGUCAUUCGCAAACUGUUAAACAUUAAACUGGUGGUUACUUUAAAAAUAACUUUCAUCUGGGAGAUCACAGGGAUAUGUGAAUAUUUGAUCUGUUAACUGGUUGCAUAAGUCAGAUUUAUUGCAGAGAAAAGCUGGUGCUAUCAAACACUGUUUACUUAAAGGGAUAGUUCACCCAAAAAUGAAAAUGAUCCCACGAUUUACUCACCCCUAUCUUCUUUCCAUAUGUUUUGUGCUCCAGGUGUUCCGAAAGUAUGUAAAGCACAAUAGCAAUGGCAUCCUCCUUUGAUCUGUUCUCCCGGUAUGCAAACUGGUACUGGUCAAAAGCAGGUGGUAGGGCCUUUUUUAAAUGUUUUAUGACCACCGCUCCAGGCACAUAGCGGGGAUAGGUGUGAGUGCCACAGGCCUGUAGUCAUUCAGGCAUGUGACAUUGGCUUGUUUGGGUAGAUUUUACCUCUAAAGCAGCAGCAGGUAGUGGUUUGAGUGAUAAAACUAACAACACUGCACUAGUCCUGAGACUUCAUGAAGUGAGACUCUGCCUGGGCAACAUCAACCCCAGGAAGGCAUUUGGUCCAGAUGGAGUGCUGGGCCAGGUGCUAAAGGACUGUGUGGCUGAGCUGGCAGAGGUCUUUACCACCAUCUUCAACCUGUCACUGUCCAAGUCAUGGGUCCCAGCAUGUUUCAAAGCAGCCACAAGUUUGAGUUUCUGUAUAGACAAGCUCCACCCAAACAAACAAACAAACACUGUAAAAGUGAUACUUGGAACAGGUUGCAAUACAACAACAAUUGACCCUUCACAAAGACCCGCCCCCCUUAUACUGUUGCUUUGUCCGACAAGCCAUGGCACUCUCAGGCCACACGCAGUGAAAAAUGCAUCGCGGAGCAAAGAGGAUACUGACAACACGUCUACAGACAAGACAAAGCAGGUUACUUAUGAUAUUAAACAAAGUCAAACUGUUUGUCUUCAAACUGUGUAGUUUUUUAAGAAAUUCAAACAAUAAAAAACGUUUUGUGGCUCUUUAAUGUGUUAUGAUUGCUGUAGCGGGAGAGGCUCAUAAACCGAUCGUCUCAUUAAAUAAACAUGAGAAGGUAUGUUGUUUAAAAUGCGGAAAGACGUCAAUACACACCAUUUUUCAAGUUUAAGUCCACCGAGGUUAAUCUUAUAAUUCCUGACUGCUUUGUCGGACAAAAUGACGGAUUCGGCGUUCUGAUUGGUUAGAUCGCUUGUCAAUCAAACUCCCGGCGAAGGGUCAAUUGUGUAAAGUGUGUUUUGUGUUUAAUAGUGAUGGAAUUAUUAUUGUUAUUUUGAGAAAUGAUACUGCAUCAGUAGUGGUCUUGCUAGGGAGCUCGACCAGCUGGAGACAUGAAGUACUCAGCCAACCUAUCCCUCACAGCUACAGCAUCUCUACUGGCAUUGUUGGUGCCAAGCCAGGGUGCAUUCUGCAUUCCUAAAGAUGGCUCUGUUGUCAGAGUUGCAGCAGGAGCUGUAAGCAAAUCCCUCCUCAAGAAAUUGUGGAGGACAGAGGUGGCCUUCACAAGCUUCUCAGCUACUGCUGGAGACACUCCCAGUACCCUGCAAUAUACUCUCCAUUGUGCUGCAAGUACAUCAAAUGUACACGCCACCAUUCUUUGAGCAUGGGAAAUAUGAAAAUUAAAAACUUUCUCCAGUGUUGUGUCCAGGGUAAAGGCCGGGGAUGUUACGGUGCAACUGGAAUGCCUCAUCUGUGAGGAACACAUAUGGCAAGGCUCCAAUGUGCUCUACUCCUGGGAGGGGAGAGUAUUUAGGUAUCCUCAGGGUGCUCUAGUGUAGGGCAGAUCCAAAGCCAGAGGCAGCCAGUGUUCCUCCAUUACUGUUUCUACCAUAGGCACAAAUGUGAAACACUGAAACAAUACCUGGCAUCAACAACUUAAAGGAGAACUAUUGAAAAUGUAGUUUUUUAGUAGUUGUUGAUAGUUCCCUUGGUAGUUGUUGUUUAGGAACCCAUUGGAUGGAGAGGCUUCAAUGACUACAUGCUUCCCAUCCAAUGCUCCAAGGCAGCUGGGGAAAGCCAAAAUAUAAAACUCUGUGUCAUUUGCCUUGAUGAUGACGUCAGAAAGUUCUCCGCUUUAUCAAACGCAUUAAGUGCUGUGGCACUAGUGUUUUCCAUAUUUCUCAGAUGUUGGUCUGUAAAUGUAUUCAGCCUUUUCACUUCAGAACUCAUUCAGAUUUCACCUAAUGCUCAUCAGAAUUCUAGAAUGUUUUUGUGACAUCAAAGUUGCAGAGCUUGAAUAGAUGCAGUUUGUGUCUAGGCCACAAUUAUGGAGUUUUAUUUUAUUUAUUCCUUGCAUGAAACAUCUUCACAGUCAAAAAGAUAUUAAAUUCAUCUAAUAAAUUA